AUGUGCAUGAAAGUCAACUGCUCGAACUGCAACAAAGCCACCUGGUGGGGCUGCGGCGCGCAUAUCCCCUCCGUUCUGGACUCGGUUCCGGAGAGUGAGCGCUGCACGUGUGCACCUAAGGUGGUGCGCGAUGGAAAGGAGUACCCGCCUAAGGCGGAGAAAUGA